AUGUCGCCUGCCAUCUUGGGCAUCUGUGAGCCUGAUAGUAGAGGGUCAGAAAGAAUGGCAAAUGCUGGACCAGAGCUGCUCUGGAUGAGAUAUCGCUCCAUCCACACUCACUCCGGGGAUGUGUGGGUAGCUGGAGAAGGACUGAUUCCCUGUGCAAGGAGGUGGCUGUAUAAGCUGUCCUUGCUGGUGCUGCUGUCUCACAAGAAAAGCGCACUUGAGCUGUUUCUUGAGAGUCUGGACCUGGGAAGACUUUCUACAUCAAAAUUAACACUAAGAGAAUUCUUGGAUAUCGGACCAGAGACCCUAGUGAAUACCGAACCUUCAAGGAAUGUUUUCUGGUGCUUCUUUCAAAAACUUUUUUCUUUAAAUGGAACUGCACGGCUCAUCAAUUCAAAAGACUUAGAAAUAGCUGAUGAUUGCCAAGAGUCUAACGUAGAUGAAUUAUUUGAGAGUAAUGAUGUUUCAUCAGAUUCUAUCAACCCUCUUGACGUUGUGUGUGCUCUCCUGCACUGCUCUGACACGUUUCUUCAACAGGAGAUUAUAACAAAAAUGUCUAUGUGUCAAUUUGCUGUCCCUCUGAUCCUCCCUGAUGGUGAUACCCCUGAUGGUGGUACCUUCAUGCUGUUUGGUUUGAGAGAUAUUGUAAAGCGAUGGACACCAAAAAAUCUAAAGAAAGCAUACAUUGAAGAAAGUAUAGUACAACUUCGCAUGCCAGUGUUUUCAUUUGUGAGGUUAGGGGAAUAUGGCUCAUCAAAAUCCAAAAUUCUAAAUCAAAUUCUUAGUCUUGAAGAUCAACUCCAUGAUUUUUUUUUGCAUCAGGAUACAAAUGGUGGAAAUGUCAAAAGAAAAAUAUCUGAUGGAUUGGUGGAAGUAGCCUGGUACUUUCCAGCUGGAAGAGAUUCAGAUCUUUUUCAUGAACCUAUUACCAUAGCCAACCUGCGAGGAGAACUACAGAGCAGUAAAAAACAAUUUUGUUUUCUCACAAAGAUCUCACAAAUUGUGUUCAUAUUUAUUGAGAACAGAGAGGGUGAGAAUCAGUGUUUCACUGACAUCAAUAUUUUAAGUGAAAAUUAUUUUUUUAUUAUCAAUAUUCCUUCUUCUGCAAUUACACAAGGAACAUUCAAGGCAUUUCUGGAAAACCUGGCAUGCAAGGUAAACAAAAACUAUCUUUUCACUAUGAGUAAAGACAACAAAGAUACAGCAAAAAAGAACUUUGACCUUCUGUCAAACAUUUUUCCAGAACUAAAAAAAAGAAUUCUGCUACUAAACCCAAGAAUGUCUCAAGAAAGACAGAUUGCAAGAAAAUUACAAUUGAUAAUAAAAGAAAAAGUAGUGAUCAGGGAAAGUCUUAUUAUUUUUGAGGAUCUAGAACCUGUUGCAUAUGAGAUUGGAAUAGACAUAGAUGAGGACUGCAAGGAGAUCAGUGACCCUAAAACACGUGCCCAGGAAAUCACUAAGUGUGUAGAUGAUGUGGUCAAGUAUAAGAAAGAAACAAUGAAAUUACAAGGAGAUGUUUGGAAAGAACUGACCAAACUUGAGAAAGAAUUAUGUCAAAUGAAAAAGCAAGGCAGUAUGUCUGGAGAGGAAUACAAAUCACAAAUAUUUAUGAAAAUAUUAGAUUUGCGCACAAAGCAUAAUCGGCACGAACUUCCCGAUGGCAUUAACAAAUUUCUGGAAGCCUUGACUAAGUUAUCAAAAACAGAGUUACGAUUUUUUUUUAAGUGGACAAAGGUCUAUUUGGAUUCAAUAUCUCGGAAGAGUGUCUUACAAACCCAACAAAUUAAAGAAAAAGGUCUUAGUCAAAACAUAUCUGAAAGAAAUUUGGGAAUAGAACAUUUUCUUCGUGAGUUGGGUCAGUUUUAUGAAUCAGAAUAUUUUCUGGUAGAAAACAAAAAAAUUGAUGGCAGUCAAAAAAAAUGUCAUAACGUUCCAGAAAUAGCUGCUGAUCUCUUGUUGAAUGGAUUCCCAUUAGAGCUGAUUGAUGGAGAUGUCCACAAUAUACCCCUGCAAUGGAUAACUGAUGUCCUAAAGGAACUCAACAAAAAAAUGGGAGGUGGAUGCAAAAUCAGAGUUAUAUCAGCACUAGGAGUGCAGAGUACAGGGAAAUCCACCCUUCUCAACACCAUGUUUGGAUUGCAGCUGCCAGUAUCCAGUGGAAGAUGCACACGAGGAGCCUUCAUGACACUUCUAAAUGUAAAGGAGAGCCUCUGGGAGGAUUUGGGCUGUCAGUGUAUUUUGGUGAUUGACACUGAAGGAUUAAGAGCUCCUGAGUUUUCUUCCAUUGAUGGUAGUUCAGAACGUGACAAUCAACUGGCCACACUGGUGAUCGGGUUAAGUGAUAUCACCAUUGUCAAUAUAUCCAUGGAAAAUGCAACAGAGAUGAAAGAAAUUUUACAGAUUGUGGUCCAUGCGUUUCUUCGGCUGAAAGAAAUCGGGAAGAAACCCAGCUGCCAGUUUGUACAUCAAAAUGUUAGUGAUGUAUCUGCUCAUGAAAAGAUAAUGAGAGAGAAGCAAUUACUGCUAGAGCAGUUGGAUGAUGUGACAAAAGUUGCAGCAAAGAUGGAGAAUAAUACAGAUGUCACACAGUUCUGUGAUAUCAUUAAAUAUGACAUUGAAAACCAUAACUGGUACAUCCCUGGCUUGUGGCAUGGUGUUCCCCCCAUGGCAUCUAUCAGCACUGGGUAUAGUGAAAAAGUAAAUGAACUAAAAAUGCAUUUAUUGGAAUGUAUAAAACACAAAGCACAUUCUGAUUCUUGUACCAUAACUGAUUUUACCGAGUGGAUAAAAAGUUUAUGGAAUGCUGUGAAACACGAAAAAUUCAUAUUUGGUUUUAGAAGUGUUUUAGUAGCAAAUGCAUACAACCAACUGUGCAUGGCAUACUCAGAGCAGGAGUGGAAGUUCAAGAAAGAGGCACACAGCUGGAUGAUAAAAACUGAGAACACCAUCAAAAAUCAGAUCUCUGAUGACCAAAAGCCUGGGAUGCAGGUGUAUUUUUACAAAGAAAUUAAUGAAAUGUUACAGAAGCAAGUGGAGAGCAUAGAAACGUUUUUGAAAGAAUACUUUGAGAAAGAUGAUAAGUAUGUGACGUUAGUUCUGCAAUACAGAGAUGAUUUCACAAAUAGUGUGUCACUGCUACGUGAUGAACUUGCACGUAGCUUGAAUAACAAGUGCACGGAAAUCAUUCAUAUUCAAACUGAAAAAAAUAAAAUUAAAAACAUCCAAGCAAACUAUCAGAAAAGAAUUGAAAAGCAAGUCAGUGCUCUCCUCGAAAAACACAGGCACUCAGAAAGAAAACUGAGUGUUGAAGAGCUAGAGUCUGAGUUCAUGAUAAUGUGGAAUAAAACUUUGCAGGAAUUUAAUCUAAGUGGUUUAAAGAGACAAGACAUUGAUAAAAUGAUGCUAGAACAUCUAAGGAGAGACAUGAGGAAUAAAGCAGGCUACAUCAAUGAGAAAUUGAUUGAACUUCACAAUUUAGAAGAUUACCAGGCACAGGAUUUUAUGAUAAUUCCUGAAUAUUUUGAAGGACCAGAACUGCAGGCUGUCAAGAAUAUAUCUAAAGAACAGCUUUGGAAUGAGGCAACUUCUGUAGCCCUCACUAUCUUGGCUCGAUGUAAUAGUUUUGUCACAAAUAAGAUUGCCACAAAAGAGGAUUACAAUGAAACACUUUGCCAACAAUUACUAGACAUUGUAAAUGAGGGCCUCAAACAAAAUAUUGUACUGAAGUCAGAGUUCAAACCAUUGCUUGAGCUAGAUCUUAAACUUCUCAGUCUAGGGAAAGCGGCACCAAAGUUUCAAAAGAGGCACGAUGAUUUCAUACAAGAGAAUGACCCAAAGCUCUGCCUGGAAAAAUUAAAGCCUGAGUACCUUCAAAUUUUUAAAGAAGUCUAUAUGAAGACAGAUGAUUGCAGAGACCGGGCUAAAAGAUUCUGUGACAAGUACCUGAAGCCAGCACUGAUUGAUUAUGUAUUUUCAAACCUUGGCAAAGAUAUUGUUGAUGACAUAUUAUCCAGUGAAGACUCUAUGAAAUAUGGCAGUAGAAUUUUCUUCCAAAAUGCCCUGCUGAGUGACCUGUUAAAAAAAAAAAUAUUUAGCGAAUAUGUGAAAUAUUGUCUUCAAUAUGAGAUCUUUGUAAUAGACUGGAUCACUAAUUAUAUCACAGUUCGGUACAUGGAAAGUGCAAGGCUGAAAAAGGUCAUAUCAACCAGGCUAUCAGCUAUUACAAGGAAAGUUAAAGAAACUCUUGAGAUCAAAUCAGUUUUAAGGCAUACAACAUUAUCUGAAAGUUUAGAUGAAUUUUGUCAGAAUUUAAAGAAUGAAUUAGUGAUCUCGCAGAAUGACAUCACUCUGGUCAUAUUUCCAGACACUGCCAAUGUUCAGGAUUUCUGUAAGUAUGUUAAUCAAUGUCUAUCUGACAUUGAAACACAAAUACUAACGGAACUAAGCAGCUUGAAUAUGGAAGUUGUGCUAACCAGGACUUCCAUAAAACCUCAAGAUGAGCUGUUUAACAAAGUCUUUGGAUGCGGGAAGCAGUGUCCAUUUUGUAGGGUUCCUUGUGAAUUAGGUGGUGCUGAACAUAAAGAGCACUUUGCAUCUAUUCACCGACCUCAAGGAUUGGGACAAUAUAAAUAUAAAUCCUCAAAUAUUCUUUGCCAUGAACUGUGCACAACAGAUGUAAUUAGCAUUACAGCUUUUGAAAAUGCUGCCACAAAAUGGAACCCACAUCCAUUUAAAGAAUACAAAAAAAUCUACCCAGAAUGGAAGAUCCAAGCUGAUUCAGGAAUGAAGGCUUCUAUAUACUGGAAAUAUGUCUUCAAAGAGUUUAAUGAAGAGUUUGCAAAAGAAUACAAUGCCUCAGCAGCAACUUUACCUGAAGACUGGGAAAAAAUAACAUUUCAGGAAGCUCUUGAAAGUAUUCAAAGUAAUUAAAUAAUAGGAAGCAUUUUUACGAUGGUCUAAUUGUAAUCAUCCGUCUUCAUUCAUAGCUCUGCUAUAUUGACGUGACAUGGAUUCUAACUUUUUUACUUAAAGCUUAUAGCACAAACUUUUAUUACAUUUUUGCAUAGCAUUGAGAAGGAUGAAAACCCCUAUCGGGUUAUUUUUCAAUAUCUAUAUCCUGCUGAGGAUACUUCCCUUCACUUCCUUGGAGAUUCAACAGUAAAUGAGAAGAAAUUGUCCCAAUUUAAGGGGGAAUUCCAACCUUAGUUUGUCACCAGAACAUUUAUUCCCACAAGAGGAAUUGCCAUCACCUAUUGUUCUCAUACACAACCAGACAAGACAACUGUCACCAGGAGAGUCAAAGAAAGCGGAUCUGGCCAGCAGGAACACAGGGCCAAAUUCUCAAAAACUGUGCGUAACUUAAAUUUCAGCAGUUAAGUUACACUG